AAAGAAGUAAAUUAAGAAGGGAAAAAGCAUCAGUUGAUAAUAAAUAUAAAAGCCAAGCUUUACUCUUCCUUGGGGAAAUCACUGAUAAGAGACAGAGAGCAGUUUAAGUAGAAAAUCAAUCAUUUUCACUUGGUUACAGACAUUAAUUAUCCAUUGGUGGUUCCUGUGAAGUCUUGAAGACAAUGACCAUGGGCUCCUUGCUAUACUAUGUGACUGUGCUACAGCUGGUGGUGAUAUCCAGAUGUGCAGUGCGAGAGCUUCCCAAAGACUACUUCAGGUGUCCUACACCUUGCACAUGUACGCCCAAGGAGACAGGCAUGGCAGUUAUUUGUGGUAAAGAUACCACUGAACUUCCUUCUUUCCCCAACAUCAUCCUCCAGGAAUUUGGAGCUUUUGAUGUCCACAUCAACUCUCUAUCAGCAAGAACAUUUGAAAAUCUCAAGGCUCGUGAGGUGUACCUUCUAUACACAAGACUUGGGAACCGCAUCAAUGUGAAAACCUUUGAUCCUCUUGCCCCAUAUUUGGAGCGUCUUUUUCUACAAGAUCUCUACAUUACUGCAGUUCCGACCCGUUUGCUGCGGCAGCUCAACAACCUGAAGCAGCUUUCCAUCAGCGAGAACAAUCACCUCACAUCUCUCUCAGGCAAGCUAUUCUAUCCUUUACCAAAUCUAAAGACUCUAUCUCUUAAAAAGAAUGCACUCACUGCACUAGAAGAUAAGACAUUUUCAACACUGUCACAGCUUCGUGACUUGGACCUCACUGGGAAUAAGUUGUCACAUAUUGGGGCUGAGACCUUCAGGGGUCUGACCAGGCUGGAAAGCUUGGACCUAAGCAGUAAUGAACUUACAACAAUACCACCUCUUGCAUUCCAGGACUUGCAGAACGUGAAAGUACUUAAUCUUAGUAAUAAUCAAAUAGAUAAGGUAGAAGCAGAUGCCUUCAUAGGCCUAGAAAGUCUCAAGUACAUAGAUCUAACAGGGAAUGCAAUUGACAGAUUACGCCUUUGUGACUUGAAAGGGCUGCCUGAGGGAGUGCAGAUCAAACUGAAUAAUAAUCCUAUCAAUUGUGAUUGUAACAUUAAAUUCUGGCGCGAGGAGCAACUAUUUACUUUCAUGGGAACAUGUAAAAUGCCAGCUGCAGUAGAGGGUCAGCCGAUUAGUACUUUUGUCCCCAACACAGCAUGUCCAGUGAGGAGGGUACAGUGGUCAUUCUAUCAGUCACUGUGUUAGGUUAUAAAUAAUGUAUGAAAAUUAAUUCUGAUUUUGAAAUUU